AUGGCAAAGAGUGAUAUCGAAAAUGCUUUCAGACUGAUACCAAUAGCACCUCAAUCACAACAUUUACUUGGGUUUUCCUUCUGUGGUGAGUUUUAUUAUGAUAAAACGCUUCCGAUGGGUUUAAGCCACUCAUGUCACCUUUUUGAACGUUUUUCAAGUGCCCUUCAAUGGGUCUCUCUGAACAGGCUGAAAAUACACUCAUGCACUCACAUUUUGGAUGACUUCUUGUUUGUUGCUCCAUCUUAUUCAAACUGUUUACGUGAUCUACAGAAAUUCCUCCAGUUGGCGGAUGAAAUUGGCUUACCUAUUAAGGAGGAUAAAACUUUACUCCCUAGCACUGUUAUGUCUUUUGUUGGUAUUGAACUUGAUUCAGUCCGCAUGGAAAAACGCCUUCCAGAAGAUAAAGUACACAAACUACGUGACACCCUACAUAGUAUCAAAGUCAGGAAGAGGGUCUCCCUUAAAGAAUUGCAAAGUUUGAUAGGUCUACUCAAUUUUGCGUGUUCUGUUGUAACACCUGGCCGAGCAUUCCUCAGGCGUCUCAUUGACUUGACAGUGGGUGUGAAAAAAUCACAUCAUAAGAUUCGUUUAAAUACAGAGGCAAGAGCAGACUUAGCGGCCUGGAGUAUCUUUGUUGAUGGUUUUAAUGGCAUUUCCUUAAUGUUGCCAGACCGCUGGGAAAGUUCGCAAAGUUUACAGCUGUUUACAGAUGCCAGCAAUAUUGGAUUCGGUGGCUACCUUUCAAAUCGUUAUUUUGCCGGUGUUUGGCCUGCGGAUACUUUCUGGGAUGCGAUGCAUAUUACUGUGAAGGAAUUGUUUCCCAUUGUUCUGGCUCUGGAGCUUUGGUCUACUCUCUUACAAAACAAAUGCAUAAUAUUCAAUUCAGAUAAUGAAGCAGUUGUUCAUGUCAUUAACAAACAAUCUUCAAAGGAUAAGGUGUUAAUGCGUCUGGUGCGCCGUUUAGUCAUGAUAUCAUUAAAGUGUAACAUUCUGUUUCAAGCAAAACAUGUGCCUGGCACAAACAAUACUUUAGCAGACCUUCUAUCUCGUCAACAGGUUCCCAGAUUUUUGGAGACAUGCUCGUUUCCAGAUCCAAUACCGGAACACAUUCCAGUGGACAAAUUGUCACUUUAA